AAACUAUUAAAAGUUUAUGUCAGGUAGCCGUUAGCAUACUAGCUUCAAACGGUUAACCGUUGGCUUUGUCUGUGACGUCAGGAGCGCGACACGUAUGAACUCGCGCGAGGUUUUCCCCCCCCCGCCUCCAACCGAUCCAACAUGGCGCCGUAGAGACGUUGUUAUUGUUCCGUCGCUCCAUCAAAGCUUUCGCGGUGCGAGAGACGGGAAACCACGCAGAAAGGCGGACGGACGUGUUCAUGCGGGCAUGAGAGCAACAUCCGAAGAAGAUGAUCAGGUCCACCGGCUUCUUCCGAGGGAUUGACUGUCCGUUUUACGCGGAGUACAGCGAGGGCAAAGGCAGCAGAAAUGGGUGCAACAGACCGUACUGUCACUUCAGGCACAGCCAGCAGAGACGGCCGUCCUACGGAGCUCCAGCAGACCUGAAGAAGCAGAGAGACCUCCACUCCGCACAGAAAGAACAAGGCUAUGAUCCCUUCAACCCAGAAUUUGUGAGGCCUCAGGAGCAGCAGAAUGGAAAUCCGGCUGACUCAGGAGAUCUCAGCGGUGCUCUGGAGCUGGUCAACAAGGCCAUCGAGGAGGUCCGCAGCGAGGUGGAGAGGGAGAAGCGGAAGCUCUCAAGGAUUGGAGAUGAACCGUACAAUCCCAGUGAGAAUACCAGUUUGUCUUCAUCUGAUGCUGUUAAAACCAAAGCACCACCUACGCACAUGGCCUAUGACCCUGGGAGUUAUCAGAUGACAUCAGGAGGUUAUAAUCCCACACCUGGCUGCAGCAAAUAUACCUUGGAUUCAGACAACCAGGGGAGCAAUAGUAACUCUAUGGAAUAUGUUCCUACUUCAGUCAAAAAGCCCCCAUCUCGGACACAAACCCACCAACCCCCUUCUCCUCCCCCCAGUCCAAAAUACUCAAACAGCACUUCCACCUCCAAGUGUAAAUACACUGUAGACAAUUCAAGACCGUCUACAGAUAUGGAGUAUGACCCGCUGUCAAACUACUCGGCAGGAAUCACAGUGAAAAGUAAGAGGGCCAAGGGUGCACAAACUGUUAAGACGGAGGUGAGGAAGACACACAAACCAGAUGUGUCAGAUGAGGAGUGUGUUGUAGCUGCGAAAAAACCACGAAAGCAGAGCGUGGACUCAAAAAAGUACACUUUCUCAGACUCUGAUGGGGAGAGCUCAGGAACGGAGUAUCGACCCACCUCACUAAGUAAUCUCCAGCAGAGAAAAGGCAACAGUGGUUCACUCUGGAAUGCUGUGGGCAAGGAGAGAAAAGAGAGAACUGAAAGUAUGCUCAAUGCACUAACGCAGAGGAAUAAAGAGGACUUGACAGGGGACUCAGAUUUCCAGGAAGAUAUUGAACAAAAGGACAACCAAGAGAAAAGGAAGGUGGCGAGUCGAACUAGUCACGAGAAAAGUGGCAAAUCUGAAAAAGUCCAUAAACUUGAAAAGGAAGUAAACAGAACGAGUGGUAGUAAGAGUAGCAGCAGCAGCAGUAAAGACAAAGGGUCAAUAAAGAACUCGAACCAGGACUCUGCAAAGAAGGAGAACAAGAGUCAUGGAAAAAGAGAUGAUAGGAAAAACAUGGUUAAGAUUAAAACGUCAGAUAAAGUUCAAAGGGAAGGCAGAGAUGAGAAGAGAAGUGAUGGUAAGAUUAAAGCUGUGGAAAAAGUAAAAACGGACUCAAGCAAACGCAAUAAAAAUACAGAAAAUGGUGCAAGGGAAAGCAAUAAACCCAAAAUAUCAGACAAGGAAAAGGUGCUCAGCAAGUAUAAGGACCGCCCAAACAAAAACGGUAAACUCGAUAGCAGUAAAAGAGAAAAGGAUGUAAAGAAAAUUAGUAAAAGUGGUUCUAGCAGCGCGAGUAGUAGUAAAAACAGUAAAGAUAAGGUGAAGCAAAACAGCUCGUCCAAUGGGAAAAGGCUUGAGGACAAACGGCGAAGUCUGAGUCUUAGUCACGCAGACCUCUUUGGAGAUGAGAGCCCAGAGGAGGCAGAACCGAUAGACGUGGACGAUGACGACGAGGAACCCGAAGAAGUCCUGGUGAGAAAAUCUGCUGACGCUUUAAAGAGAGGGCGCCUGAACAAGAGGAAGGCGUCAGAGCUGACGCCGUCUUCCUCCGAAGACGAGGGUGACCACGGUGAGGAGGGCAGUGUGGCAGGUAAGGACGUGGUUGACGACAUCGGAAUCGACUUCUCUAGUUUCCAGGACGAUCUGGACUUUGACUCAGAUCCCAUGGAGGAGUGUUUGCGGAUCUUCAAUGAAUCCAAGGAUGUGAAGAGGGAGGACAAGGGAAGGCAAGCUAAACAGCCUUCCAGGGAUUCAGAGGAGGAGAGAAGCACAGAGAGCACUUUAACCACUCUUUUCCCCGGUCAAAAGAAAAGAGUCUCCCAUUUUGUUGCCAAAGGAAAUAGUGACGCACCUGCUAAAUCUGUGGUGCGACCGUACAAGAGACCCACAGCCCAGGAGGUCUGCUACCAGCGUAUGCAGAUGGCACAGCAGCAAGCUGCUCAGCUUUCUGCUUCGGUCAAAGUGUCCUCACAGAGCUCCAGCCCGAGCUUCUCUGGAGAGAAGAAGAGAAUUGCGCACCGUCCCAACCCACAGAUGACAUCCUCUAAAACAAGUCCUGCAAAUAAACCAGCCGCCAGUCGAGUGUUAUCGCCCAACCAGACCCAUCAGACUGUCAAGGCCCAAACCACCGCUGGAAUCUUGUCCAAGACCAUGUCCACUGUCAUGCAGAAGAGGAUGGCACACACACCCACUUUGAAGAGUAGUUCAAUGAAGCGCCCCAUCAUUCCCACUGAGUUCGGGGCCAAGGUUCCCACCAACAUCCGCCAGCGCUACCUCAACACUUUCAUAGAUGAAUGUGUCAAAUUUUGCCCAUCCGAGGACGUUGCCUUCCAGAUGGCCCUUGAUGAGGAGAGGCUGGUGUAUGAGCGCAGUAGCAGUAAGAACAUCUACCUCAAUGUAGCUGUCAACACCCUGAAGAAGCUCCGCAGCAAGAGCAGCUCGUGUUCAUCGCGUGUUACCAAGGACUCGGGUACAGGUGGUUACAGGAAGGCCCAGUCCCACGAGGAGGUCCUGGGGGGUCGUCUUGCUGCUACAACCAGUUUCACUGUCAACAGGAUGGGUAAACAGCAGGAGGAGAAACUCACUGGAGCCACACUGUACAGGAAGCUAGGAAACUACCUGAUGACGGAGGAGCAGCUCCAGGAGAAUGGAUACCCAAGAGCAAACCCUGAUGCUGCCGGCAAAGCCAUCAUAUUCAACCUCCCAGAGAAAAAGGCCAUUGCAGACCCGUUCAACAAGAUCUGCUGUCGAUGUGGAGCAGAGUACAAGAUCAAUGCCAAUGGCAACUGUGUACGGAAAGAGGAAUGUAGCUUUCACUGGGGACGAUUGCGCAGACACAAAGUCGCUGGAGGCUGGGAAACCAACUACAGCUGCUGUGCUGCAGCUGUGGGCACGCCAGGUUGCCAAGUUUCUAAGCAACAUGUUCAGGACGGGCGUAAAGAGUCAUUAGAUGGCUACGUCACGACGUUCAGUAAGUCUCUACCACCUGAUGGCAACGGAGGCGUGUUUGCUUUGGACUGUGAGAUGUGUUACACAAAGCAGGGCCUUGAACUGACGAGGGUGACGGUUAUCGACUCUGAGUUGAAAGUCAUCUACGACACAUUCGUCAAACCUGAAAGCAAAGUGGUUGAUUACAACACGCGAUUUUCAGGUGUGACGGAGGAGGACUUGGAGAGCGCCACCAUCAGUCUGAGAGACGUUCAGGCUGUGCUGCUCAGUAUGUUCAGUGCUGAAUCCAUCCUCAUAGGACACAGUCUGGAGAGCGAUCUGCUCGCUCUGAAGCUAAUCCACAGUUCAGUCGUAGACACGGCCAUUGUGUUCCCUCACCGCCUCGGCUUGCCCUACAAACGUGCCUUGAGGAACCUGAUGGCCGACCACCUGAAACGCAUCAUCCAGGACAACGUGGAGGGCCAUGACUCGAGCGAAGAUGCGUCUGCCUGCAUGGAGCUGAUGUUUUGGAAAAUCAAGGAGGACGCAAAGGUCAAAAGAUGACCCCUGACCUCUCUGCUCCACUGUCCUCAGUUCAGCUUGUUGCCUUCACGUUGGCUGCAGGGAGACAGAGAAGUUCGGGAGGCCUGCACCUGCUCUCAGAGAGUUAAGGUCAGAGUGUCGGGGUGAGGGGGUAGGGAGAGAGGGAUGGAUGGUUCAGCACAGGUGGAAGUUUUCAGCAGAUAAAAGCCAGAGGAGGGCCGUCUGUUGUCGCUGCCUACUGGACUGAAUCAGAGAACUGCCGGUCCCUUCAAAGCAAUAGGAGCCCAAAUUAACAGUGUUUUCAUUUGCUUAUUGGUAUUUCAGUUCUUAAUAAUGUUAGUUAUACAUGUAUUUCUGUUUAUUUAAGCAGUGUCUCAGUUUAUGAAUAAAACCUUUCUAUAGAAGAACUGCUUAAAAUGCCAGGGCAUUGUCCUCUGAACGAUGAUGGUUGAUAUGAUAUUCAUGCCGGGCUGUCUUCAGCCUAAAUUGCACUAUAGAAACGCUCUUGUUGUAUAGGGCCCAAGUCUGAGUACCUCAUCUGUGUUAUAAAGCAUUCACUUCUAAUGAAUAACACAUUACUUAGUUACACUUAAGUGCAUUGAUGUCUUAGUCUGUCGAAACAUUACUAUGUAAAUGCACUUGUGUUUUUCACAUCGCACCUCGUCUUCCGUCACCGAUGCUCUGUUUUCGGUGCGGCUCUUAUCGAGUUGUUGGUUGGCUCUCAAACCUGACUAAUCCUAUAAUACUUGAUCAUAUAAAAUACCCUCAGCAGACAUGUAAAGUCUCUGCUGCUACCUAUUUGGUAUAGUUGAUGGAAUAUAUCACUGUAUUUUAUAGUUCAGACAAAAUACUGACUAUAUCCACCACUGUCUCGGUGUCAUGUGCAGUGCAUGAAGUAAAACAACAGGAAUCAUUGUGAUAGCAGGAAUGACAUGUUUAUUCUUCCAUAAAGACAAAAGUAGGUUCAGUGCUGUUGAAUUGGGUUAUUAAUCACAGACAAUUAUCAUUUAGUGAGUACCAGCUAACCUGUGUUUUAUGUUGAAAAUGACUGAAAAAAUACUCGAGUGCUGUAAAUAUGCUGAAGCAGUUUCCUUUUGUAUUUGUUCAUUUUUGGUUGUUCAUCUUUUUCUAUUAAAAUGUAUUAGUUAAACAAA